AUGGCGACUUACACGACCGAGAUGGACAUCGACAAGGAUAUCCACAACUUCCUUGAGGAUGUUAAUGCAAGACGGCCCGGCCGAAUGUCUUAUCAGGCCUCUAGGCCGGCCUCAAGAGGCGGUCUGCAGUCGGAUGAUGUUUUAUUCGAGUUCUUUGACCUCGACCGUUAUUACUCUGGAAGCGUUCCACCUGACAUCCAAGCUCCUCACGACCAAGCUCCUCACAACAUGUCUGACGUCCUACCACCUCUCGACAUUGACUCCAGGAGCUCGGCCGAAACUUCUUCCAUCAAGACCCCGGGGUCUGUCACGUCCCACCAGGACUCCCCCAUCGUAGAUGAUGGGUUCCAGUCCCCGGACGCACGUCUCUUCGGGACCGAGCAGCCAGCCCCUCCCGGCUUCGAUACGGACCCCAACAUCUUCCCGAACCUCAAGGACAAGCCGGCGCCUCACAUCCACAAGGUCCUUCACAUCCCUUCUACUCACAUUUCUGCCUCCAAGAAGAGGUCCAGAUCCAGCAGCCCCCCUGGGACCACGCGCACCGUCAAGAACGUCCACAAGACCAACCAAGUCAGGGCCAACAAGUCAUGCACCAAGUGCCGCAUUCAGAAGAUCGAGUGCACAGUCGAUGGUAUCUGCGAGACGUGCACCAAAGCCUACCCCAAAGCACCAGAAUGCGCUUGCUUCCGCAGGGACCUGAGCAGCACGGCCGACGGCUUCUCAUAUCGGCGCUUCGUUGGGCUCGACAGGACAUUGGAGUCUCGUGCAAAGUACUCCGUAGAGACCUCGUGCCCAAACUUCCUGCCUUCUCUUCAUAAGGGAGGUGUGGUCUUCCCCGGUUACCCUGCGAUCAGACUACCCAUUACUCUGCAAAACUAUUUCUGCAUGACCAGAGAUGAAAAGCAACCUUCUCCUCAGGGCUGUGUCAUCGCGAGGGUACACAAUGGCGUGCCCCAGCACUUUCAACUAAUCAAAUGGGCUGAGGCGAUGGUCUCGGAGGAAGACACGAGGACCUUCGAAGGUGCCAUCGAGAACUUCAUCAAGAUCUACUCCGAGCCCUGCCGUUCUCAGUACGGGUACCAAGCACGGCCGAUGAUGACCCUCCUAAACAAGGUCCACACGAUGAAGUGCAUGUACAAGAUCUGCUGCGAGGACAAGUUCGACUUCGUCUGGGACACCACCAACACCGUGCGCCCGCUGCCCCUCCCGGCCCAGGCCGAGCUGCGCACCAUCGCCCGCAAGGCCAUGGAGUCCGCCGAGCGCGACAUCCUCCUCGAGCUCGACAAGCUCUUCCGGCCCAAGUCCAUCGGCGACGGCGAACGGCCCGCCGUGUGGGCCGCGCUGUGGCAGCUCAUGUUCGUCUACCGGAGCCUGCUCCGCAACAUGGGCCGGAGGCUCCCGAACAACGACGCCGACGCCGAGAGUCUGCUGAGCGCGUUGGGUGUGUUCUACGCCGCGCACUUCCGGACGUCGGCUUCGCUUAAGCUGUCAAUGGAUAAGGUCGGCUGCGAAACGAAGGCGUCGGGGCUCGAGAGGGCUUUUGAGCAUGCUUUGAGUCUGCGUGGUACUCAUCUUCAAAGUAUUGCCGCUGGUGUCGAUGACAUUGAUCAACGUCUCAAGCUCUUGGUCGUCGACCCUGAGAUGAAGGUGUUGAACCGACGGCAACCGAAGAAGUAA